AAUGUGGAAGAAAAUUGGGGAAAAAAAAGGUUGAAGGAGAAGAGCUUAAAGGGAAAGGGAAAACAAAAGUCGUGAAUGGAGUUAACAAACAGCAAACCAUCUUCGAAACGCCUGCUAUUCGACCGCCGUUAUGGCUGGGUCUUUGAUGAAUGGAAAGACCCAUCGGAAGAAGCCCUUUCUGGUGGCCGAGGAAUGUUUUGCAUAGUGCCUCUAGCAAAAGCUUUCUUCAAAACGGCUUCAAGUUCGAUCAAUUUUGCAGCAAGAUCUACUGUAAAAGUCUUAGAAAAGCCAGAAGUACUCCACCCCAAGGAGCUACAGUCUAGCCUUAAAGAUCAGCUGAGAGUCGUCACAAAUUUUAUGCAAAAACCACAACUCAAAUGAAUCAUCCCAAUGGAAAAUCCCUGUCAUGUUAGUGCUUAGCAUUUAGACAUUGAAAACUAUGAAUCACAAAGUGUCUAAUUGAUUAAUUUUUGCAUAAAUAUUUGUCUCAAGUAUCAUUACAUCAAAUCAAAUGUUUUUCAUGCCCAUGGACUUUCAUGUGCCUACAGAAGGGUGAUUUUAAUGGUUAAAUAUCGAGUGGUAUCUUGAUGUGAAGAGUGCCAACAGAAGGGGUCUAGUUGUGUGUCGUUCACUCAUGUGAAAUACAGCUAGUGUUAACUGUAGGGUUUACUUUUUCUGUUAUUCAGACUUGUUGUA